AUGGAGGACAGUAUGAUGAAGAGCAGAGAUGCCUUGGAGUUCAGAGGAGCUCUCCAGGAGGCAGAAAGGAGCUCCGGGGAGAGAGAGUGGCCUCAUCGGGGAAUGAAUGUGUUGCAGAAGGGGCCUCUGGAAAGAGCCAAGGGGUGGAGACUACUGAGAAGAACUGAGUGUAUCAGGGAUGGACUGAUGGCCUCAGGGAGGACAAGUGCGGAGUCAGUGAGACCGCGGCUUGACUUUUAUCCGCCCGCCUUCCAGCGGCCGGGCCCCGAAGGCUGCAGAGCGCGCGCACAGCGCCCCCGGUGGUCGUUCCCGAGCGCCUCCUCCCCGGCCCAGCCCACCCCCGCGACGAGCCGCCUGGGCCACGCGGGCUUCGCGGGGCUCGACGCGCACCCUGAAUCGGGUCCGAAACUUCGCCGGCAGCCCCCGCCCCGAGAGGGCCCUUCCUUCUUCCCAACCACUCUCAGAGGGAGGGGCGGCCGCUCCCCGAAGGCGUUCAGCGCCCAAGCCCCAACAGAGCCGCACGCGGGCCCGGAGCAGGGUGGGGGUCGCGGGGCCGCCGGGCCGCCACCAGGUCUUCCCCCGUCCGCGCCGGAAGUCCGCGCGUGCGCGCUGGCCGGCCGGGAGCGCGCGUCCGGCGCGGAGGGGCGGUGGGGGCGGGGCCGCGGCCGCUCACGGGGUGUCCCCGCCCCCGCCCCCCGGCGUUCCACGGUCGCCGUGACAACCGGAGCGGCGGCAACGGCGGCGGGCGCGCGAGUCCGGCGCCUCCUCCCGGCGGUACCGCCAAAGCAAGCAGCCGCCGCCCGGCCUUGCUGCUCUCCCCGCCUCCCGGCCCGCGGGGAGGGAACGGCCCGCCCUCCGCCCGCCCGCCGGAGAGUGAGCGGCGCCCGGGCCGCCCCGCCAGCCCGCCGUUCCCCGGCCGCCGUCCGGGCGCGCGCAGUGAGCGGGCGCGACUAUGCCAAGAUGGUCCUGCAGGCGCGGAACAAGCAUCGGGAGGCGGCCCCCAAGCCGCCCCAGCCGCCCCGCGCCUCUCAGUCGCCGCUGAGGGGGGCGCCGGACGCCGGCGCCGGGGAGCUCGGGCCCGAGCGCGCGCCCCGGUCCCCCGGGCGCAAGGGCGCCGCGGGCAGGAAGGGGCCCCGCGCCGAGCCCGCCGCGUCUUCCGCCGGGGGCGGGCUCGGGGGGCGCCUGGUGGCCGGGCUGCGCGGGGCGCUGGGCCUGCGGCGCGCGGGGCGCGGCCGGACCUGGACCACGCUCCUGCUAGCUACCUUUGCAGCAGUGUUGCACUGGAGCCAUAUAACACACCUCUUUGAAAAUGAUCGUCACUUUUCUCACCUCUCAACAUUGGAAAGGGAGAUGGCUUUUCGCACUGAAAUGGGACUGUAUUAUUCCUACUUUAAGACUAUUGUGGAAGCACCCUCAUUUUUGAAUGGAGUAUGGAUGAUUAUGAAUGAUAAGCUGACUGAAUACCCCCUUGUUAUUAAUACAUUAAAAAGGUUCAAUCUUUACCCUGAGGUAAUCUUAGCCAGCUGGUACCGGAUUUAUACCAAAAUAAUGGACUUGAUUGGUCUUCAAACCAAGAUAUGUUGGACGGUGACCAGAGGAGAAGGACUCAGUCCUAUUGAAAGCUGUGAAGGAUUGGGAGAUCCUGCUUGCUUUUAUGUUGCUGUAAUUUUUAUUUUAAAUGGACUAAUGAUGGCAUUAUUCUUCAUAUAUGGCACAUAUUUAAGCGGCAGCCGAUUAGGAGGACUGGUUACAGUGCUGUGCUUCUUUUUCAAUCAUGGAGAGUGCACUCGUGUGAUGUGGACACCACCCCUCCGCGAAAGCUUCUCCUAUCCAUUCCUCGUACUUCAGAUGUUGCUUGUGACUCAUAUUCUCAGGGCUACAAAACUUUAUAGAGGAAGCUUGAUUGCACUCUGCAUUUCCAAUGUAUUUUUCAUGCUUCCGUGGCAGUUUGCUCAGUUUGUACUUCUUACUCAGAUUGCGUCAUUAUUUGCAGUAUAUGUUGUGGGAUACAUUGAUAUAUGCAAAUUACGGAAGAUCAUUUAUAUACACAUGAUUUCUCUUGCACUUUGUUUUGUUUUGAUGUUUGGAAACUCAAUGUUAUUAACUUCUUAUUAUGCUUCCUCUUUGGUAAUUAUUUGGGGUAUACUGGAAAUGAAACCACAUUUCCUGAAAAUAAAUGUAUCCGAACUUAGUUUAUGGGUUAUCCAAGGAUGUUUUUGGUUAUUUGGAACUGUCGUACUCAAGUAUUUGACAUCUAAAAUCUUCGGCAUUGCAGAUGAUGCUCAUAUUGGCAACUUAUUAACAUCAAAAUUCUUCAGUUACAAGGAUUUUGAUACUUUAUUGUAUACCUGCGCAGCAGAGUUUGACUUUAUGGAAAAGGAGACUCCACUGAGGUAUACAAAGACAUUGUUGCUUCCAGUUGUUCUGGUUGUGUUUAUUGCAAUCGUUAAAAAGAUUAUUAGUGACAUGUGGGGUGUCUUAACUAAACAACAGGCACAUAUAAGAAAACACCAGUUUGAUCAUGGAGAGCUAGUUUAUCAUGCAUUGCAACUGUUAGCAUAUACAGUCCUCGGUAUCUUGAUUAUGAGACUAAAACUCUUCCUGACACCACACAUGUGUGUUAUGGCUUCCUUGAUCUGUUCAAGACAGCUGUUUGGAUGGCUCUUUUGCAAAGUACAUCCUGGUGCUGUUGUUUUUGCUGUAUUAGCAGCAAUGUCAAUACAAGGUUCAGCAAAUCUGCAAACCCAGUGGAAUAUUGUAGGGGAGUUCAGCAAUUUGCCACAAGAAGAACUUAUAGAAUGGAUCAAAUACAGUACUAAACCAGACGCAGUGUUUGCAGGUGCCAUGCCCACAAUGGCAAGUGUGAAGCUCUCUGCGCUUCGGCCCAUUGUGAAUCAUCCGCAUUACGAAGAUGCAGGGUUAAGAGCCAGAACGAAAAUAGUUUACUCAAUGUAUAGUCGAAAAGCAGCUGAAGAAGUGAAGCGGGAAUUGAUAAAGUUACAAGUGAAUUAUUACAUUCUAGAAGAGUCCUGGUGUAUAAGAAGAUCCAAGCCUGGGUGCAGUAUGCCUGAAAUUUGGGAUGUGGAAGAUCCUGCUAAUGCUGGGAAACCUCCCUUAUGUAACCUCUUGGUGAAGGAUUCCAAGCCACACUUCACCACUGUAUUCCAGAACAGUGUUUACAAGGUCUUAGAAGUUAUAGAAGAAUGACUGCUGCCUACAGACCUACAGAGAAGUACAUCAGUAAUGGUUUUAAUGUUUUGCUAAUAACUCAUGCCUUGUUUUUAAUUCAAAUCCCAAAAACUUUUAUAGGUAACUGUUUUCAAAUAGAAAACAUUUUGUUUGGUCAAUUCAAAUGUCGUUCUGAUUGUAAAAAUACUUAUACCUU